CAUUAUCAUAGAGCAAAGGGCCUCUUGAAUGUUGACAUCUUCAUUUUACAAGUACAUAGAAACAUGCCAAACACAAGAAAUCUGAGGAACCUCAACCUAUGUUUUUCAAAUUCAACUCUUGAAUCAAAAUCUCCACCCACAAGUCCAAUUUCUACAACUAUCAGUGAAGCUUCCUCACAUCAACAUCAUCAUCAAAUUCUUCAAAAGCCUUCUUCAUCUACACCUUCCCCAUCAAUUAUGAUCAAGAAUUUCAACUCUCUCUAUGACCCUUCCUUAACCUCUGACCACACUUUAUGCUCUUCUUCACUCUCUACCACCUUCACUACAUCAACCUCUUUCGAUCUCGAAAUUGAACCCGAACCUGAGCCAGCAGAUUUUGCAGCAGCCUUCGCCUCUCAACGCUUCUUCUUCUCCUCCCCCGGUAGCUCUAACUCAUUAAUUGAAUAUACAAACACAGAUUGCAUUCAACAUUCUUCGGUACCACUGAUGGAUAAGUCCAAUAGUACUAAGCGUGAGAAGAAACAAGAGAAAGAGAAAGAGGAGGUUUUGUUCAAUGGAAGUGUGGCAGUACCAACCUACUCGCCCGAUCCUUAUAUGGAUUUUAGAAGAUCGAUGCAAGAGAUGGUGGAGGCGCGACCGGAGUUGAUGGAUGUGAAAUCAAAUUGGAACAUCUUGCAUGAGUUGCUUCUUUGUUACCUUGCUCUCAACCCAAAGAAUACUCACAAGUUCAUUCUUGGUGCUUUUGCCGAUCUCCUCGUUACCCUCAUGUCAUUCUAGUCAUGGUUUUAAAUUGCAGUUGCGGUUGCACUGCAAUAAAAUGUAAGCAAAAAUGGUCAAUGCGACCACCAUCCCAAUUGUGAUACCGUUGCAGAGAUUGCUAAAAUUGUUAUAUUACGACUGCAAUUACAAACCACAAUUUAGAACUAUGAUUCUAAUGGUCUAGCAAGGUGUUACAAUUUGGAUUUUUUUUUGUAAAUUGAAAUGAUAAAAAUGCAUGUAACGUGGAUGGCAGUUAAUGAUUUGUCUCAUCAUCAUAAAUUGAUCUGCUACUUCAUUCAUCCACGAUGAUUGUUUCUUGAUUUGGUUAAUUUUAACAAGUGAGUACUUGAGUAUAUAGUA